CGGGUUUCCAUAGGACACGUACCCGACUUGCCGACACCUGAGGGGAUUGUGCUAGGGAAGUGAGAACAGUAGCGGGCAUUGUAGCUGGGUAGCAUUCUUUGUGGAGCUGCCAUACACUCAGGAUAGCCAUAUAGCAUACAAUAGGCACCUUUCCAGAAAAAUAUACUGUUUCCCCCGUAAGUCUCACUGUAGCCUUUUUCGCUUCGCAGAAGGGGUGGCGACUUUGACAGUUCGUUGCUCAACGAAUCGCGGGUACGGGUUAAGUGCUGCUCGAGGGAAGACUCAGUUUCUGGAUAGUGUGUAAUAACUACAGCCUUUUCUUGGGAAAACAUUCAUCAAGAACCACAUUCUACCAGAAACUUUGUGCGUGAGGUUGCAGCGUUUAUCGGCCGCAGUCGCAGUGCUAGAUGGGGGGGCCGGACGCGCAGCUCCUAGCAGGCAGUUGUGCUGCAGAACUUCCAGUGUACGAGGGGUUUAAGCUUGUAGAACUCCGAAGAGACACACUCCCCCACAGCACGUCCUUUUACGUCAGUGUGUCAUUUCUUGAUUUUUCGCCAAUUGUCGAAUGAGUGCAUAUGUUCACUCUCCAGUGUGACGUACCUGUGGCGUGGGCCCCCCGCGACAACGGCCGCCGCAGAGCGGACGGUGGUCCACAGGAACGGCACCCGAUGGGCGCCUGGUCCCGUGACGAAAGAAUGCGCUUCCAAACGCGAAUAAUAACCAAAUUUCGAAAGCAUUUUUGAAACCCCACCGCAGUACUCUGUGAUAAAUCUCAAGAUCUGGCGUCGAACCUACGCAGUACAGCAUGCCUUUUAUUUUGUGCUCUUCUGAUGUCGUGAAGCAUCGAUUGAGGUGUCGGCAGUACAGCCUGUGCUUUGAUUCGCGGUUACGGCGGGCGGAAGCAGCGCGGCCGCGCACGGGGUUCACACAACAGUUUGUCUGCUUCUCAUUUGGCGUGUUGCAGCGCCUGCUUUGUUUCGUUUGUCUUCUUAAGAAUGUCUACACGGACAACACCCACAGGGCGGUCUGAGACUUUGCCAACUCAAAAAAGUCAACACCUUUGUGAGCGCGCCAACGAACGGCAAUCGGUGGAAGGGGCCAUUUUCGGUUGGAGCUGUGCGAGGGAAGUGGGGACGGUGUGCGCGAGUGCAGAAGCCGCAUGCGCUGCGUUUGUUUGUCACAAAGGCCACGAAGCGACCACGUUCGAACACCCCACCCACCGUAGUUCACCCGAUCAAGAAAUGUCUCGGCCGGUGCGGACACUUCUCCCUCAUGGUCUUUCCCCUCACGGAUGUUUGACGCACACAACACGAGUUGGUACGCCAGCGACCUGCGCGUCACUUUUUUGUCCCAAACAUCCACGUCUUUGGAAGAGCGUUUACUUUCUCAGUAUCUGGUUUCUGUGUGCCGUCUUUGUUCCUAUCACCGUGGGAGCAGUACGAUACACUAAACAUCCGACGCGUCUCCGACCGGGAUCUUUACCGUGUGUUGCUUUUUGUUUAUAUUCUUCAAGACUUUCCACAAUGCCAAACCCACGCGUGUUCUUCGACAUCAGCAUUGACAAGAAGCCUGCGGGCCGCAUUGAAUUCGAGCUGUUCGCCGAUGUUGUUCCCAAAACGGCAGAAAACUUCCGUGCUCUGUGCACUGGCGAGAAGGGUACAGGUCGCAGCGGAAAGCCGCUAUACUACAAGGGAUGCCCCUUCCACAGAAUCAUUCCGCAGUUUAUGUGCCAAGGAGGUGACUUCACCCGCAUGAAUGGAACUGGUGGCGAGUCUAUUUACGGUGAAAAGUUUGCGGAUGAGAACUUCAGCUACAAGCACUCCGAGCCCUUCCUCUUGUCUAUGGCGAAUGCUGGACCCAACACCAACGGCUCUCAGUUUUUCAUUACAACUGUGCCCUGCCCCUGGUUGGACGGCAAGCACGUUGUUUUUGGGAAGGUUGUUGCUGGACAGGAGGUUGUGAAAAUGAUGGAGGCAGAGGGCCGUUCCAAUGGUCAACCCAAGUGUGCUGUUGAAAUUUCGUCAUGCGGUCAGCUCUCGUAAUCAUAUCACGUGUAUGCAUGAGUUACCUAUAGCUGGUUCGGUGUAUGUGAGCUAGCUGCUGGUGACAAGCACUCGUUCAACAAGAAGAGACUGUUGAACACGUGGAUGCUGUGUGGUGAGUUUGGUGGUGCGUCGAUUGUGAGGCGCUUGCUGCGCAUCGGUUGUCAAGACUAGCAAAACCCAGUCUAUCCCCGGAUCUAUGUCAUUCCUCGCAUGUAAGAUACAACGGCGGCUUUCGGAAAAGCUUUUUUGCUUUCCACAUGCCGUUACUCCAAGCAGCGGGCCAGCAGCACACCGCCACUACAUCGUCAGAAACAGCAAACGCACCGCCCCAUAUAGUUUUGAAUUGAUGUAAUAGGCUAGUUCAACCCGUUAAGAAGGCCACUCGUAUGCUGUCGGAGAGGCUAAGCGCAUCACGGAAUAACCGUCUCACGGGUGGGCAGCACACAGGGUCCUGUGCUGUUGUUGUUCACGGCCACAACGACAUAGCGGUAAGUCGCUUAGAGAAAGUAUUUCGAAGUGGCAGACCUGGCACUGAAACACAGGUAGGAAGAAGUGUGUCUCGUAGAAGCUUUGUUAGGGGCGCCCCUUGUUCGCGGUUUGCCAAGAAAGUGGAAGCGCAUCUCCUGGAAGGUAGUCGCGCGUUCUGAGUUGGGACGCAAGUAGGGUGGUAGUUUCUCGUGGCCGACAGGAUUAUGUCUACUAGCUUCAGUGACAAGUGCAGGGUUAUCCCAGGAGAUGUCGCUGUUAAAGGUCGAUUCAUCGAAAAUGCACUUUUUGGGAUGCACACGGUCUCAUCAUUCAGGUGUUGUACACUGCUCCGCACCUGCGUAGCAUAACACCAGUACAUUUUGUGAUGCUGGAUCACGACCAGUUUACUGGCAUUCCGCAGUAGGUCAACUGCAGUAGCCAAUAUUUUCAUGGAUAUAAUAUGAAUAGCACCCCUCGAGAUGCCUUGGGCGCUGGUAAGAAUUGUGGCGCUGGUACAUCCGGUUCCUCGUGUAAACGAUGCGAGCAUCCACCUCUGUUUAGGGUGGCUGACCCAGGCUGUUUGCGCAUCUUGCAAACGGCAGGCCACACGGAGUUGAUGCUCGCACUCAUCUCACUAGAACUUGUUUAUGGCGUGAGUUUUAGACUGCACAACACCAGUGGAUGAGUGACUGAUUUGGACCAGGCUCAACCUCAGCGUCGAUGUUAUGGAGCAGUGACAUUUAUCUGCAGCAGUUUCACUUGCUGCGUCGCCUUCCUAGCUAAAAAGAAUCACAGCAAUUAAGAGUCACGAGAAACUGCCACUUCAGCUCGACAAGGCAUGGUUUGAAGCACACGUCAGGUGACGUCUUGCGCGUGUGGGCGUGUCGUCCCGAGCUUCUGUUCGCGCAUGCCUGCAUACUGUCGGCUAGCUGGAAAGUAAAAAAGUGCCUCGCGAAAAGGGUG